GCCCCCCGGGCGCGCUGAGCAAGGGGGUGGGGAAUGGCUGGCAGAAGCCGCCGCUCCUGGCUCAGCGUCUUGCUCGGUCUGGUGCUGGGCUUCACGCUGGCUUCCCGGCUCAUCCUGCCCCGCGCUUCGGAGCUGAAGAACGUGGGACAUCGGCGCCGCGCCAGCCUGGACGGCUGCAAGAGGCGAGGGGGAGGCGGCGGCGGCUUGUUGCUGCUGCCCAACCGGGACUCCCGAGGGGCUCUGCUCUGGCACCCGGACCCUGCCCAGCCUCGGGGCGAGAGCUCGCCGGCUAAGAACUUCCUCUUCGUCGGGGUCAUGACGGCCCAGAAAUACCUGGAGACCCGAGCCGUGGCAGCCUACAGAACAUGGUCCAGCACAAUCCCUGGGAAGGUGGAGUUUUUUUCCAGCGAGGGCUCCGAUAUGUCUCUUCCGAUCCCCAUCGUGUCACUACCUGGCGUAGAUGACUCUUACCCACCGCAGAAGAAAUCGUUCAUGAUGCUCAAGUACAUGCAUGACCACUAUUUGGACAAAUACGAGUGGUUCAUGAGAGCGGACGAUGAUGUCUACGUGAAAGGAGACAAGCUGGAGAACUUCCUGCGGAGCUUGAAUAGCAGCGAGCCCCUCUUCCUGGGGCAGACCGGGCUAGGCACGACCGAAGAAAUGGGGAAACUGGCCCUGGAGCCUGGAGAGAACUUCUGCAUGGGGGGUCCAGGAGUAAUCAUGAGCCGAGAAGUGCUUCGGAGAAUGGUCCCUCACAUUGGGGAAUGCCUUCGAGAGAUGUACACCACCCAUGAGGACGUGGAGAUCGGCAGAUGUGUACGGAGAUUUGCAGGAGUGCAGUGUGUCUGGUCUUAUGAGAUGCAGCAGCUCUUUUACGAAAACUAUGAGCAGAACAAAAAAGGCUACAUCAGAGAUCUCCACAACAGCAAGAUCCACCGUGCCAUCACUUUGCAUCCGAACAAAAGUCCACCUUAUCAGUACCGGCUUCACAGCUACAUGUUGAGUCGUAAAAUAGCAGAGCUGCGAUACUGGACCAUUCAGUUGCACCGAGAGAUUGUCCUCAUGAGCAAAUACAGCAAUACUGAAGUCCAUCGAGAGGACCUUCAGCUGGGAAUCGCACCUUCCUUCAUGCGCUUCCAACCACAACAGCGUGAGGAGGUUUUGGAGUGGGAGUUCCUGACGGGGAAGUACCUGUACUCCAUGUUAGACGGGCAGCCACCUCGCCGAGGCAUGGACUCCUCCCAGCGUCAGGCCCUGGACGAUGUCGUGAUGCAAGUCAUGGAGAUGAUAAAUGCAAACGCCAAGACGAGGGGACGGAUCAUCGACUUUAAGGAGAUACAAUAUGGCUAUCGAAGAGUGAGUCCCAUGUACGGGGCUGAGUACGUCCUUGACUUGCUCCUUUUGUACAAAAAGCACAAGGGUAAGAAAAUGACUGUCCCUGUUCGGCGACACGCCUACCUGCAACAGACCUUCAGCAAAGUCCAGUUUAUGGAACAGGAUGAAAUGGAUGCCAAAGACCUGGCCAGUAAAAUCAACCAGGAUUCAGGAUCCUUGUCUUUUCUCUCCAAUUCUCUUAAGAUGUUCGUCCCAUUCCAGCUGAGCAAGUCCAGGUCCGAGAAGAUAGAACCCAAAGACCAAAAGAUCAACAUCUUAAUUCCUCUUUCUGGACGCUUUGAUAUGUUUGUGCACUUCAUGGCCAACUUUGAAAAGACUUGCCUUAUUCCUAACCAGAACGUCAAGUUGGUUGUCUUACUGUUCAACUCCAACUCAAAUCCCGAUAAGGUGCGUCAGGUGGAACUGAUGAGAGAAUAUCGUAUGAAGUACCCCAAGGCUGACAUGCAGAUCUUACCCGUUUCUGGAGAUUUUUCCCGAGCUCUGGCCCUUGAAGUAGGAUCUUCUCAGUUUAACAAUAGGUCUCUGCUCUUCUUUUGUGAUGUUGACUUGGUUUUUACUGCAGAGUUCCUCCAACGGUGUAGAGCCAAUACGAUCAUACGGCAGCAGAUCUAUUUUCCGAUCAUCUUUAGCCAGUACGAUCCAAAGAUUGUCUACAGUGGGAAAGUUCCAAGCGAGAAUCACUAUGCUUUUACACAGAAAACUGGUUUCUGGAGGAACUACGGUUUUGGAAUAGCCUGCAUUUACAAGGAGGAUUUAAUUCGGGCAGGGGGGUUUGAUGUUUCUAUUCAGGGCUGGGGUCUUGAGGAUGUGGAUUUGUUCAACAAGGUGAUUCAAGCUGGUCUUAAGACGUUCAGGAGCCAAGAAGUUGGCGUAGUCCAUGUACAUCAUCCGGUCUUUUGUGACCCUAAUCUUGAUCCAAAACAAUAUAAAAUGUGCUUGGGUUCCAAAGCAUCAACGUACGGUUCUACGCAGCAACUAGCUGAACUGUGGCUUCAAAAACACGAACCAAAUUUUGGGAAGAACACAAUUGCUAAUGGUUCCUUAAGGACAGCUUAAUAUCCCGGGAAAGGGGAGAUUUAGAAAACAAAAACAAAGACACUGUAUUGCAUUUUUAAAAAUUUACCCUAAUUUAUUUUUUCCUUUGGGGAAAAUGUUUUGAUAGUUGAUUUUUUUAAGAUGACCACACAAGGGUAUAUUUUAGAAAUUCAUUGUUUUCUUACGAGGACCUUUCCAGCUUUUUUCUUGAACAAAACUGUGAUCAAACUUUGUGUUUCGGGAAAAUAAAGUAAUAAUUACUUGGGACUAAAUAUUAGGACUGGUUCUGACAACUUGAAAUAAGUAUCUUUUUUGUUGACUGAUGAAUGGACCAAAUACAUUAAUAAAGGAGAAGGAAGCUCAGAAUUUCUACACAUGGUACUUUUCACUGCUCAAAUUUAGUUGCUUGGGCAGUUCUGGUGGCAAUUAAAUGCAAGUUGGUACAAAUGGUUCACUUAUUUCCCCCACCCCCAUCUGCAGGAGUGUGUGUGUGUUUGUGAGUGUGUGUGUGUGUUUGAGAGAGUGUAUCCAUAGCCCCCCUUGACUAAUUUGCCUUUCAGAAUAUUUCAUUUGGUUGCCUCUUUCAGCCUUAAAAUGUCUUUUUGCUCAAAACGUUGUCAAGCAACCAAAACAGAUGUGGAAAAUGAGCACAACCUUGUUUAUGUACACUGUUGUCUAAAAAAGAAGAAGGAGGGAGAAAUGUACAUUUUUUUUUCUUGCCUGGGUCUAGAGCUGACUUU